AUGUUUGUAUCUCCACCUCCUGCCAAUUCAUCCCAAGCGGUUCCUGGGCUGCUUUUAAGACGAAAAACGUCGGAGCUGGCCACGGUUCCGGAAGGCGCAGAAUUAAACGGCCAAAAUCAACUACCAACGAACUCGCAGCGCGAGUUCGUCAAUGCCCCACCAGAAUUUGCGAACAGAGCGCGUGAUGAAAUUCGACGGCGAUUGCUUGCGCAAAAAUCGGUAAGCGCCUCACGAUCUCAUUCCGACAGCGACGCUGGGAGCAUCUAUUCCGCGCCAUCGGUGACGUUUUCAGAGGCAGAUUCGGGCACGUCGAGUCUCUUUUCGUCACAUCCAUCUUUGUCGAGUGCAGCCACGACCGCUGCUUCGUCGCUAAUAAAGAAAUCGGUACCGAGAGUCUUGACUUUGGCAGAAGCGUUGCCGAAAGUGUUUUACGACAUGUACUCCCCAGAGAUCCUUAUGAACCAGGAAAAUCUACUUUGCAAUGGUCGGCCCAAAUUCACCAAACGUGAACUCUUGGAUUGGGACCUAAACGACAUUCGUUCGUUGCUCAUCGUGGAAAGGUUACGUCCUGAGUGGGGGAACCAACUGCCUAUCAUCGACUUCUCGCUGGAAACGCAGGCAAAUGCAGCGUCCCCCAAAUUUCAGGUCCAGCUUUUACCUCUCAACUCUCCUGACGAAUUUAUAAUACAGACCCUGUCGCAAUCGGAUCUGUACCUGGAAGCCAACUUACCGGAGGAUUUCAAAUUAACUAGCGCCAAGUACACGGUAGCCGCUGCUCGCAAAAGACACGAACAGCUCACAGGUUUGAACGAACCAAUCAUGCAUUUGACAAAACCAGAAUGGAGGAACAUUAUAGAAAAUUACCUUUUGAACGUUGCCGUUCAGGCGCAGUGCCGCUUUGAUUUCAAGAAGAAGUGCACCGACUUCAAGAAAUGGAAACAAGACCAACUGAAAGUGAAAAAGCCGGACAUGCCUCCACCUUCAACGAUCCCACCUAGGCGUCGGGAAACGUCACUACUGAAAAGAACUUUACUGAAGAACACAGCCAAAAUGGUCGCUCAGGAACCAUCAUUACCACCACAACUACCGUCAAAAGUAUCUUUGACUAGAGAAGAAAAAGCUCAGCUAUGGUCACUCUGUCAGGCCCAGGUGUACCAAAGACUAGGACUAGAUUGGACGCCCGACGGCAUGUAA